AUGGAGGAGCGCGACCGGCGGAGGUUGGAGUUGGAGGAGACGUUGGAGCGGCGAGAUGACGGUCGACGUGCUUCGCAGGCGGAGGUGUUGGCUACGGCCUAUUCGUGCGAUAACUUUACCAAGUCGCAGCUGGCGGCGAGUUACGGUACUGACUUCGAGGGCAAGGGCCGCGCCACCCGCGGCGAGCUGCUCAACCGCCUCCUUCCCUCUUGCACCUUUAACGAGACCGAGCGCAACAGCCUCGAGUGUGUUGGUCGAGAGUGGCAGGUCCCGCGGGGCGGGGUUGUCGUCGCCGCCGGCAGUGUGCUCAACGAGGUCACACUCGUCCUCAUGGGCUCCGUCGUCUACGAGGGCGGCGGGGGUCUGGCAGGAGCGGGCUCGGGCCCGGCAGGAGCGGGAUCGGGUCUAGGUUCCGGUCUAGGGUCGGGUGUGGGUGCGGAGAGUGGAGUAGGCAGUUGCCUGUUCGAGCCUUUGGUGUUGCCGCGGUUGUACACCGAGGAGGAGGCGGUUGCGCCUGUGCGUGUGACGGCGGCCGUGGACUGUUUGUUGUGGAGUGUGGAAGCGCGUGACUUUGCGGCGAUUGCGAAGGGGUCGUUACAUCGUGUGCGGCAAGAGGUGGCUCGGAUUUUGGUGUCGGAGCCGCUCUUUUCGGGCAUAGGUUGGAUGGAGUUGGAGCGGUUGACGCAUUUGUUGGUUCCGCGUAUUGUGGAGACGCCGUUUGUGUUGGAUGGGAGUGUGUAUUUGCUGUGGCAGGGACUGAUUGUGGCUACGGAUCUUUCGAACGAGCGGCGGGAGCAGUAUUACGAAAGCGAUGUGUUUAGCGUGCGCGAUUUUGGCGGCGGACGGGAGGCCGGUAGCCGCGACGCAGGUAGUCGCGACGCAGGUAGUCGCGAGCCCGAGAUCCAGGCAGCGCCACGGGAGAAGCCCACCAUCCUCUUCUGCAUUACGGAGGCGCAGUUGCUACAAGCUACUGGUUGCACCUUUGCCCAGGUCCAGGCCAAACGCCAAGACGUCGCCAGUCAGGACGUCAACCUCGACUCCGUCUCCGUCAUGGCGGACAACACGCACAAGAAGAAAAAGAAGAAGGGGUUGACUGGCGCGUUGCACUCUACCGUUCGCUUCCUUGGAGGCAAGAAAAAACAUUCCUCCUCCCGCUCUGUCGCAGCCGACUCGCCGAGCAAUCCGGCCAAGGCCAAACCGCUUUUGAAACGCACGGACACCAGAAACAGCCUCUAG